GCAUCACAACAUCCAUUUUUUUGCAGGAAAUGAUAUUUUAAAAAGCUUCUCCUUGAGACAUUUUUCAAAUACCUUGCUCAGGUGCCAAUACAUUUCACGUGACGUGACAAACAUGAAUCACCGGAUAAACGUAUCUGCUUCAGGGGAGAGACAAAGAACUAGCAGAAAUGAUUUCUGAUAUAAAAAGCGUUUAUCAAAAACCUUGAAUUUUGGGAACAAAACUUAAUCGAUGGCGAUACCAGGCAUUUUCCUGUUCUUUCAUAAAAGAUAGAACCAGAUGACAGUUUCAGCGAAAUUGCUAUAAUGUCGCAAUUUAUUGUUUCGCCCUUCAUGGAAAUUGAUAUCCAACAAUUUGCAACUUCUGUUACGCAGAAUGUUAGCGAUGACAUCGCUGCGACAGAAAUGGAAGUGAUUGCGUUUCAAAAUGAUUUAGCUUUAAAAUCAUUAGUUUCAAAUACAAGAUCUAUCUGGCCUUCAGUAAGUAAAGAUGGAUAUUCAGUUUUGUGUCGUAUUGCUUUGAAAGUUAAAGCAUUAUUUAGUUCAACCUAUUUGUGUCAAUCCUCCUUUUCAAAUAUGAAGCUUAUUAAAACAAAUACCGUAAUCGACUUACAGAUGAACAUUUGGAUAAUUGUAUUCGAAUGGCGGUAUCAAAUUAUACUCCAAACGUAAAACAAAUUGUCAGCGAGUCUGAAUGUCAGGCUUCUCAUUGAACACGCAUUUUGUAUCUGGACAUGCUUUUGUUUAAAAUAGUGCGUUGCUUUUUUAUUUUAGGUUACCUUUAUUCACUCUCAUGUGACAUGUCAUUGUAGCUGACGAAAAAUUUUGUUCAUUUUUCAAACACCUACGACUGG